CCGUCCCGGUCCAGAAACCCCAAGGGCACCACCAGUAAGAUCAUGGUGUCGGUGUGGGCCUUCUUCGCUGUCAUCUUCCUGGCCUCCUACACUGCCAACCUGGCCGCCUUCAUGAUCCAGGAGGAGUACGUUGACCAGGUGUCUGGCCUGUCUGACAAGAAGUUCCAGAGCCCUAACGACUUCUCCCCGCCCUUCCGGUUCGGCACGGUGCCCAACGGGAGCACGGAGAGGAACAUCAGGAACAACUACCCGGACAUGCACGGCUACAUGACCAGCUUCCACCAGAGGAACGUCAACGAGGCCCUGCACAGCCUCAAGACUGGCAAACUGGACGCGUUCAUCUACGACGCGGCGGUGCUCAACUACAUGCCGGGGGACGAGGGCUGCAAGCUGGUGACCAUCGGGAGCGGGAAGGUGUUCGCCUCCACGGGCUACGGCAUCGCCAUCCAGAAGGAGUCCCCAUGGAAGAGACACGUGGAUCUGGCCAUACUGCAGCUCUUUGGAGAUGGUGACAUGGAGGAGCUGGAGGCCCUGUGGCUGACGGGGAUCUGCCACCACGAGAAGAACGAGGUGAUGUCCUCCCAGCUGGACGUGGACAACAUGGCGGGCGUCUUCUACAUGCUGGGCGCCGCCAUGGCGCUGUCGCUCAUCACCUUCAUCAGCGAGCACCUGUUCUACUGGCAGCUGCGCUUCUGCUUCAUGGGCGUGUGCUCGGGCAAGCCCGGCUUCACCUUCUCCAUCAGCAGGGGUAUCUACAGCUGUAUCCAUGGUGUCCAGAUCGAGGAGAAGAGCAGCUCGGCCCUGGACUCGCCCUCGGCCACCAUGAACAACACCCACUCCAACAUCCUCCGCCUCCUCCGCACCGCCAAGAACAUGGCCUCGCUGUCCGGGGUCAACGGCUCGCCCCACAGCGCCCUGGACUUCAUCCGCCGCGAGUCGUCCGUCUACGACAUCUCGGAGCACCGCCGCAGCCUGGCCGGCCACUCGGACUGCAAGCCGUCGUACCUCCCCGACGACAACAUGUUCAGCGACUACAUCAGCGAGGUGGAGAGGACGUUCGGGAACCUUCACCUGAAGGACAGUAACCUGUACCAGGACCACUACCUGCACCACCACGGGGGCUCAGCCCUGGGGCUCAGCGGGCCCCCUGCCAACCGCCCCCACAGCCUGGGCAGUGGCAGUUCCCUGGAGGGGGGCAUGUUCGACUGCGAAAGCCUCGGCGGAGGGGUGGCGCCCAUCUUCACCACGCAGCCGCGCUCGGCGCUGACGCACCGGAACAUGAGUAAGUUCGACCUGAUCUCCGGGCAGACUCCGCCCUCCGGCCAGAGCUUCAAGGGCGGCCUCCCCGACCUCUACGGGAAGUUCUCCUUCAAGGGCGGGGCCUCCAGCUCCGGGUACAUCCCCGGGCACGAGCGCUACUGCGGAGGAGGCGGCGGAGGCGGAGACGACGGCAACAUCCGCUCGGACGUGUCCGACAUCUCCACGCACACCGUCACCUACGGCAACCUGGAGGGCAACGCCAAGAAGCGCAAGCAGUACCGCGACAGCCUGAAGAAGCGGCCGGCGUCCGCCAAGUCCAGACGGGAGCUGGACGAGAUCGAGCUGGGCUACCGGAGGAAGCCCUACCACAUCAGCCACCAUCACUACCACGGCCACCGCUCGGCCUCCCCGCCACUCCCGCCCUCCGAACGGAAGAGGGGCGGAGGGGGAGGAGGAGGCCCCAACGGAGGAAACCCCUCCUCCUACCUGUACAGGGACAAGGAGGGUCUGAGGGAUUUCUACCUGGACCAGUUCCGCCCCAAGGAGGGCGUGCCCCAGUGGGAGCACGUGGAUCUGACGGACGGGCCGGGGGGGAGUGGCGGCGGCAUGGGCGGGGCUAACUGCACCAGCCUGGUGUCGGUGGAGGACUUCCUGAAGAGCGGCAAGCCCAAGAAGUUAGAGUCCAAGGGGGGAGGGGGCGGAGCCGCCGGGGCGGGGAUGUCCGGUGGCGAGUGGGAGUGCCGGAACUGCCGCGCGAGCGGGAGCAAGCAGAUGUCCAUGCACGGGGGCGGGGGAGGAGGGUGCGGCGGGUCCUCCGGGGUGGGGGGCGGCGGGGGCAGUCGGCCCAGCUCGGCCUCCUGCGUGCGAUGCGAGGGCUGUAAAAAGACCGGCACCCUGUAUGACAUCAGCGAGGACAACAACCACCUCUUGGAACAGAUGGGGGGAGGGAAGGGGGGAGGGCAGCCUCAGGGCCAGCGCAGGAAGGGGGGCCUGGGGAAGCCCCUGAGGCGGCAGCACUCCUACGACGCCUUCGUGGAUCUCCAGAAGGAGGAGUCUGUGGGCAUGGGGGGCGGGGUCAUGGGCGGGGUGAUGGGCGGGGUCGGCGGGCAGAUGGGCGGGGCCGGGAUGGGCGGGGUCCUCCCGCCGCCCCGUAGCGUGAGCUUGAAGGAGAAGGAGCGCUACAUGGAUGGCGCCAGCCCCUUCGCGCACAUCUUCGAGCGCCACGGCGGGUCAGAGCGCGACCGGGACCCGCUGUUCUACGGAGGCGGCGACAGCCGCAAAGGGGCGAGCUCGCCGUUCGGCCUCUUCCGGGGCGGCGAGGGUCUCCACCGCCGAUCGGUGGGCGAGAGAGACAUGAGGGACAGGGAUAGGUCGAUGAUGGAAGGAGGCGGAGUCGGGGGAGGCUACCCGCUGUCCAAGUCUCUGUACCCCGACAGGGCCAAUCACAACCCGUUCAUCCCGACCUUCGGCGACGACCAGUGUCUGAUGCACGGAGCCAAGCAGUACUACAUGAAGAAACAGCAGCAGCAGCAACAACACACGCCCAAAUCUGUCCGCUCCGACUUUCGGGGCUCCGUGGGCGUGGCCUCCUUCCUGCCGGCGCCGGGGUCGGCGGGGGUGAUGUCGAACAUGGCGCCCCGGUUCUCCAAGGAGCAGUGUCUGGGUGGGAUGGGGAACCACCACGGCUCCACCCUCGGGGUGGGCCCGCCGAGACCGUUCAACGGCAGCAACGGCCACGUCUACGAGAAACUGUCCAGCAUCGAGUCGGACGUGUGAGAGAGGAGAGGGGUUAGGAGCA